GUCCAUGCAAGUUAAAUUUAAAAGAGUGGGAAGUAUUUGUAUAUAGUCAGAGCUCUCAGUCCUUUAUAGGUAGUAAGUUUAGUCUAGGCUGCUCUCUUGAAAACCCCUGUAUUUUCCUCAUUUUUGCCUCAUUCUCUAUCUUUGGGGUCAGAUCCCUGCCUUACUAAUCCUUUUCCCACAUGGUUCUCUUGAGUCUUUAUCAGUCUGCCUCAGCCUGUCCAUGUUAUGAAGACUGUCAGAGCAGUGUCAUCUCCUGCCUGUCUGGUAUCAGAGGGCAGCAGGGUUAUGCCAGAUGACAACCACUGAGACUCAGGCGAGACUUCGACAUGAAACUUCCAAAAAGAAACAGCAGGAGACCGUUUCUGUGAUAUUAGGGAACAGGACAGCUGCUAAGAUGGAGAGACUCCAGGUUGACAAGGAAACACAUUAUGCUGAGGUGGUUAUAGAAGUGGGAAGCAUCACUUUUGGGGAGGAGUAUAGGAAGAACAUGACCAACAAUCAUUUGAAAAGGACACAGAAUUCUAAAAUCAUCCAAGCCAUAUGUGCACUGUUAAAUUCAGGCGGGGGAAUCAUCAAAGCUGAGAUUGAUAACAGAAGCUACAAUUACCAAUGUGAUGGAUUUGGUCAAGAUUUGGAAACGUCCUUUCAGAAGCUUCUACCUUUGGCUCCACAGGAGUUCCUUGACUACAUGCAACAAGACCACAAUUUUUUCAUUUUUGUGAAACCCUGGAUUGUGAAGACUGCUGGCCCCCAACUACGAAUCUGUAGUUUGUCCUCAAAUAUAUUCCAAAGAGAUGUAACUUGCACUGUCAACCUGACUGCCAGUAGAGCAUUAGAACUUCUAAAGGAGAAACAAUCAAAAAUCCAAAGAGGAAGGGAAAAUCUCCCAGAGAGGCAUCCCAAGAAAGUUCUUGUGAGCAAAGUUCAGGAAGAGGAAGACAUAAGGUUGUUUGCCUCAGAAUUUUUUAAAAAGGACCAGCUUUCAUACAAGGAGAAACUCAACUUUACUGAGUCAACUCAUGUUGAAUUGAAAAGAUUCACAACCAAGAAGAUUGUGCCUAGGAUAAAAGAGAUGCUGCCCCGUUAUGUUUCUGCAUUUGCAAAUACCAAAGGGGGAUACUUAAUUAUUGGAGUGGACAAUAAGACCAAUGAAGUAUUUGGCUGCAAAAGAGACAAGGUAGACCCUGUCAUACUAGAAAAGGAGAUAAAAUGUUGCAUAAGAAAACUGCCUGUCUUCCAUUUUUGCUCUGUGAAGCCACACAUCGAUUUCACAACUAAAAUCAUAAACGUGUAUAAUAGUAACAGCCUAUAUGGUUAUGUCUGCGUGGUCAAAGUAGAGCCCCUCUGCUGUGUUGUCUUUGCAGAAGCCCCAGAUUCCUGGAUCAUGAGAGAUAACUUUGUUGAAAAACUGAAAGCUGAGGAAUGGGUGUCCAUGUUAAUGCAUAUUCAACCAGCUCAUCCCAUCUUGGCUCAGGACAAUGACCAGUCAGCGACUGAUCCACUCUGCAGAUCACCCUGUUCAGAACAAGCCCGCCUCCAUAAGAGGACCCUACAGCAAAGUUUGCUUUCAGUGACCUCACAGGAGAUAGGAUUCAAGCCAGAAUCCCUCUGCAAGGAGCUGUUCAUGGAGCAUGAUGGACUAGAGGAGCUAAUGAAGAAGAAGACCCAUUGCUUUUCUCAGGGGAUCCUGAUAUUUUCAAGGAGCUGGGCUUUGGACAUUGGCUUAACGAAGGAUGAUAGAGUGCUAUGUGAUGCUCUCCUUAUCGCAGUUAACAGUCCCCCAACACUUUAUACCAUUGUCAAGAGACCUGAUAAGAUGAAUGGGCUUGAAUAUUCCAGACUUACUGCUCUCCAGCUAAAGCAGAAACUUGCCAGUGUGGGGUGUUACACUGGGAAAGUGUGUGUUAUUCCCCAGCUUUUGCACCUGCCUGGCCCUCAGUGUGGGAUCAUCCAAGCACAGUACCCCCAUACCUACAUUCUUGCCACAGAAUACGAAUUAGAAGACUUGUUGCAAUCACUUGUAAUAGUCUUGCUCUGUUUUACCUCUGUUUUAAGCGACCAGCUUGGGUGCCAAUUUUUGAAUCUGCUCAUAGCUGACCAAUCUAAGCUGCUCUCACAAAGCCUCCAGGAAACCAGGGAGUUAUUUAUCCUUUGCUUGCCAGGAACCCGGAAAACAGCUAUGGUCAUCAAAAUCCUGGAAGAGAUUAGGAACGUGUUUCACUGUGAAACAAAAGAAAUUCUCUACCUUUGUGAAUACGACCCCCUAAGAGAAUUUGUAAGUCAUCAAAGUACCUGCCAAGCUGAGACCCGGAAAACUUUCAUGAGAAGAGAGUUCCCAAAGAUUAAACACAUAGUAAUAGAUGAAGCUCAGAAUUUCUACAGUGAAGAUGGAGAUUGGUACACAAAAGCUAAGAAUAUCACCCAUCCCAAAGCUGAGGAGGCUGGAAGGAAGAAUCCUCACCAAGGGAUUCUGUGGCUCUUUAUAGACCCUUUUCAAGCCAGUCAUGUGGGAGUCAGUGGCCUUCCACUUCCACUAAUGCAAUAUCCAAGAAAAAACCUCACUCGAGAGAUCUAUAAUGCUCUAGAAAUAGCAAUGGUCAUGAAACAAGAAAUGAAAAAGAUCAAAGAAAACCCACCUGGACACAUGCCUCCUGAGUCAUUGGCAUUAUUUAGGGAAGAUCUAUAUGAGGAUGUUAUCCAUGCUUACACUCUACCUGGAGUAUGUGAAAAAGAAAGUGACCUGACGGAGGAGGAACUGGCAAAUCACGUGGCAAGAAGAUGUCAGAGUCUCUUCCAAAAUGGCUAUUCUCCUAAAGAUAUUGCUAUUUUGUACAGUAGGAGUGAGGGCCAAGAACACUAUGAGACUCUUCUUCGGACAGUGAUGAAAUCGACCUGGACCCACAGGACCAUGGAGGUGGGAUUCAGCUGGGCAUCUGGCAUUUUGGGCAGCUCUAUCAUUUUAGACAACGUUCAGCAGUUUUCAGGCCUGGAGAGAAAUAUUGUGUUUGGUCUCAUUCUGGCCCGUUCUGGGCCCGAGGUGCCCCAAAAUCUCUUGCUCUGCUUUGCAUCCAAAGCUAUUAAGCACCUAUAUCUGUUAUAUGAAAGGAGGGAAGACCUGUGAAAGAUAUUAUAAAUUAGGCAGACAGCCAAUGUUUUCAGAAUUUUGGAUUUAUUCAAUCCUUUUGCUCAAGUAGAUAGGGAGAUAUUAUGCUCUUUGUUUUACAAAUGAAGAAACUGAGGCAGAGGAAGAUGAAGCAACUUAUCAAAGGUCACACGGCAAAUCCUUGAUGGAGCUAGAAAUUAAAUUAGGUCUCUUGAGUCUCACUUUCUUAAUAUAUUUAUGAAAUUAUAUUAAUUUCACACCAUUUCACCUACGCUACUUCCAUAGCUUGAUUUAGAAAUUUAGGGAUUAUUCCUGAAAUUCAAUUGCUUCAUUUUACAUAUGAAGAAAAAGACUCAGAGAGUUCAAAUGGUUUGCCCAGGGUCCCAGAAUUAGUUACUGAUAGAGCUUCACUUAGGCUAGAGUGGGGAGCUGGCAUCCAGAACAAUAGAGAACCUGGGUCAGAUCACAUAAGGAAUAUGGUGCUUAGGUCAGGGUACUAUGUUUUAGAAUAGACAUUAAUAAGUUGGAAAGAAUCCAAAGCACUGCAAUCAGGUUGAUGAAGGGCCUUAAGAUAAUGUCAUAACCUGCGUGGAGUCUAUCCUGAGGUUUCCCAUCACUUGUCUCCAUCCCCCUUGCACCAAGUUUGCCUUGUAUACACUUUGUUUACUUACCUUACAUAGUUCUUCCCAAUGGAAUGUAAGCUCUUUGAAAGCAGGGCCUGUUUCAUUUUUCACUCUGUAUCCCUGGCCCA